AUGGCUUCCGUAAGCUUGAGCAGGCGUCGACAGCGUCCCACCGGGAGUAAUCUAAAGUUGCGCCGGCUCACGCAAGCCUAUUUGGCACCACUGCGCAAUGUUUCCCCGUCGCAGGCGAGUGUCGUCUCGAAAAUGGAUCAAAUCUAUGAACUGGUGGAAUACCUGGUUCUCGACGAGCAAAGUGUGACGAGUGGCCUCUUUCCUCGAUAUUCGAAAGACAAAGAUGUUGGCUAUGUGAAAGACAGCAUUUAUGCGGCACUCGCUUGCUGGGCUUGUUCCAUCGCAUACAAAAGAUUGGAUGAUGACCGUGGAAGAGAAACAGAAUUGCGGCAAACUGCCGUAAAAACAAUGAGAGGAAUUCUCUUCUCGUGGAUGCAACAAGCAGAAAUGUUGAACAAGUUUAAAUCGAACAACUCUGUCACUUUUGCUUUACACUCAAGAUUCGAUCUCCAGACUGGAAUGACCCUCACCACACCAAAUGAUAAGCAUUACGGUCAUCUCCAAAUGGAUCUCGUCGCCCUGUUCAUCUUAGCUAUGGUGCAAAUGAUUGUCGCCGGGGAAAAGGUAAUCUAUACGCAACACGAAGUGCAAUUCGUGCAAAAUCUCGUCUUUUACAUUGAGAGAACCUAUCGUACUCCGGAUUUCGGUAUUUGGGAGAGAGGGACGAGGUACAAUAGAGGAACACCUGAGCUCCAUGCGAGCAGUGUAGGCAUGGUCAAGGCAGCCCUCGAGGCAGUGAACGGUUUCAACGUGUUUGGUUCAUGCGGUACUUCGUCAUCGGUGAUCUACGUCGAUAUCGAUGGUCACAAUCGAAAUCGGACAACAUUUGAGACAAUUAUUCCAAGAGAGUCUGCUUCAAAGACCACCGAUGCCUCUUUAUUGCUGACAGUCGGUUGGCCAGCUUUCGCCACUCACGACUCAAAGCUCUUCAAUCAAUCCGUCGAAAAAGUCGUGAAACAUCUUGAAGGGAAAUUCGGUUUCAAGAGAUUCCUUCGCGAUGGAUAUCGAACGGAGAUCGAGGACGCUUCUCGGGUUUACUAUCACGAGCACGAGACUUCUCACUUUCACAACGUCGAAUCGCAGUUUCCGAUGUUCGUGGCAGUGAUGUACAUUACAGCUGUAAUCCGCGGAGAAUCGACAAUCGCGGAAAGAUAUUGGGAAAAACUGCAAACACUUCUAAUGGACGAUGAAGAUGUACCUGGUGGAAAACUUCUACCCGAAUGCUAUGUGGUUGAUGAAUUGAGCUAUCGUCAAGAGAAAGCCACUCCCAACUCCACCGAACUUUAUCCGCAAAAUCCGCAAGAAUUCGGGCAUCAUGUGUGGAGUAAUUCGAUCUACGUGAUUGCUUUGUUGUUGCACGAGAGUCUCCUCCAUCCGGGCGAUAUCGAUCCACUCAAUCGUCACCUCCCAGCCAGUCAUCGUCCAAAAAUCUUCAACAAGCACAGCGCUUUUCAAGGUUCAAUGGAAGGCGAUCCGGUUGUGCAAAUCGCAUUGAUCGCUGAGUCGGCUCGUCUCCAAAUGACCCUUUCCACUUACGGAAUCUCCACUCAAACUCCACAUGAAGUAGAACCCGUACAGAUUUGGCCAAGUUGGAGGCUUGUCAAAGUUUUCGAAUGUUUGGGUAAAGAUGAAAAGCUGAAAAUCGACGGUCGACCACCGAGGCCUUUCGGUCCGCUUUCCACUUCAAAAGUGUAUCGUGUUUUCGGCGACACCGUCCUAUGCUAUCCACUUCUGUUCGAAGUCGCCGAUUUCUACGUGGCCUCGGAUCCAGCCGUGCUCAUCGAUGAUAUAAAACGUGAGAUCGAGUUUAUCGCUCGCCGUUGGAAGCUCUCCGGUCGGCCAACGAUGUGCAUUUUGUUGAGAGAAGAAAACGUAUUGGGUCCAUAUUUUGAUCAUAUGAUGGAUCUGCUUGUGCAGUUGAAGAACGGCUUUGUCAAUGGAAUACGCGUGAGAUUAGGAAGAGUUCAUCAACUGUUAAACUCAUCUUGCAUUGAGCAUGUCGAUUUCGCAAACUCGGACGAUGUCGAGUUCGACAUUGGACGAUUAGAGGAAGCUGAAGGACCGGGCGAUGGAAUCCGUUCUCGGCAAAGCCUCAAAGAAGCCACCGAUGAUGAAACGACGAAAGAAUCCGAUUUCCAUGCAAUGUCUGAUAACGAUUUGUACGAAUUGCUGACAAGAGAUGAAACGGAGAGACUUCGGGGAACGGCUUUCGCGAUCGCCGUUCUUUGGAAGAGACACGGGCCAGAGUUUCAAGUUGGACACGUCACCCUCCACGAUCGACUCGAGCGUCUCUAUCGAGUCGCCUGUCAAUUGAGGAUGUGGUGGCUCGUUCGAUAUUGUGCUGGUCGACUGCAAAAAACCGUAAACAGUUUGGCGCCUUCGAUCACAAAUCUGCUCGUACGUGGAAAGCAGGUAACAGUGGGCGUCCGAUCGAUGCGCGAAGUGACCGUCUCAACCCCGAUGGCUCCAUCCGAUCUUUUUUCACUUCUUUUCUCUUGUUGUCCAUCCGAUGAACCACAAAUGGCUUGCAUUCAACAAGAGCUCAUCAUUGCAUGCGCUGAUUUGAUCGGGCAAACACCGGAUUCCUUUUCGGGAGUGUUGACGGUGCGGCUUGCCUGGUUGGCGGACGCUAUUCAGAUGUUACUCUCCUACGUGCGUACCUCGGAGCUAGUCGGAAACUCAGGGAAACAAGAGACUUUCUACAGUCCGCCAACACCAACAACAACUGGGAUUCCAAAUGAAAUCCGCAAGAACAGCAUCUAUGACCUGUCGCCAACUGUGGUCAAAGAUGUGCUGAGUGCGCUAUUGGCGAGAAAAGUUUGGCAUCUAUUAACUCCUUUGCAAACUCGUCGUUUAAAUGGAGCGUUGAAUCGGAUGCCUGAGGGUUUCUAUGAUCGAGUUUGGGGCAUUCUCGAGAGAGCUGAUCACGGGAUUUCGAUUGCACAUCAGCUUUUGCCACAGCAACCAACUCUCUCCGAUAUGACCAAAUACGAGUUGACAUUCGCAUAUCGAAUCGAGCAAAUGAUGAGCCAAAUCGCGCAUCCAGAGUACCGGCAGAUUUUGGUGGAGCUACUUUGCAUUGUUGCAACAAUGCUUGAGAGAAACCCGGAAAUCCAUUUCGGUGAGCUGCUCGAUUGUGAUGAGAUGAUCAAGAAAGCGUUUCUCAUCUACGCCUCUUCGACGAACAUCAAGAAUACAGAAGAUCUAACUCCAUUCUAUCAACUCGACAACAUCGCGAUGAACACGAGUACAGCCACGUUUUUAACAAAGGCCGUUGUCGAGCAUGUGCUUCAAGGCCGUCACCUCUCUCGUCCAAUCGAUAUCUUUCAAUCACCACGAAGACAUGAGAGUUCUGCAUCCACUAAGGAAACAUUAGAAAGUCCGAUAAAUGAAGCAGAAAGAUGUAAAGUUCAG